UCGUCGUCUUCCAGGUUCACACGACUAUAUCUUCGCUGCUUGGUCGUUUGCGAACCAGCCAUAGAAACGGUGCAGUUACCUCUCCUCUACGUUGAGGCGUGAGCCAGGGCCGUUGCGCUUAGUUGAUAGAGCCGGAAGAAGACCUCAUCUUCAGCAUGCGGUCACCCAGGCUGCUUCCCGCUGUGGUGUCCUUGAUGCUGCUGCUGCUGCUGACAUGCAUACAAGCUCGUGCAGCCGUGGUGCGCGGGCAGAUCCAGCCCAACGAGCAUCUGCGAGAACUUUCGUCUCUCGGACCGCACACAAAGAUAUCUCUCAGGCGGAUACCUGACGCGCCGACGUUUGUAAGCGAUUCGAGCGUUUCGGCUGAAGGCGAAAGUAACGGCCGCAACACAACCGCAGCCCAAGGCCGAGAAGUGUACCAGACCUUCAUCCGCCGAGAUGGUUCCUUUGUAUUUCCGGACGUCAUACCUGGCGCGUACGUCCUCAAGAUCUCCAGCAGAUGGCAUGCAUUCAGGACCUACCGCGUAGACGUCAGCGCACUGCUCGGAGGCGAGGGGCAUGGGCAAACUGCCGUACCAGAUUUUAGGAACAGCGCCAGGAAUUCUGUCAAGAUUCGGUCGCAUACGCCUGGCACACCGCUAUCGUCCACCCUCACCCAUGCCGUCCUUCCAUCGCCCUUCAUCGUCCAGCCGUUGGCCGCGUUCGAAUUUUUUACUGAGCCCGAAGGCUUUAACAUCAAGGCGCUGCUCGGCAACCCGAUGAUGCUUAUCGUCAUCGCAGGCGGAGUCCUCGUCUUUCUCAUGCCGAAGCUCAUGGCGAAUAUGGACCCAGAAUCGCUCGCCGAACUAAACGAGCAGCAAGCGGCGAUGCAAGCCAAGAUGAACGCCCUCCAGAGCGGCGACAUUGGCAGCUUGUUCAAGGACGAGCCGAGAACAGCAGGCUCGGCAGGGGCCGCCCCGACGCGUUCAGCACCGGGCGGCGGCGGCGGUAAGAGACGACGGUAAUGGUCACAAGGCCGUCUUAUAGCAUAACACCACACAGCAUUGCAUGGACUAGAUAAGAACAGAUGGGAUAAAUAGCGACGAAGGGUGGCCGCGGUGUUUCAUUUUGAAAGCUAUGCUACAGUGUACGUUCGUGUGGAUUAGCGCGCUUUCAUUGCUGCGUAGCUGCGACGCUAGCGAAGCUCCUUGGCUGCGAUGGUGAGGGCGCGGCAGGUUCCCCAUACUCCACGCUAGGAUCGGAGGCGUCAAC